UUAGUUUCUAUUUUCACCAAACUAACUUCUAACUAACUAAGUUAGAAAUUUUGACGUUUUCAGAAACUAACUUAUAUUCUAACUUAGUUAGUUUUAUUAUUAAAGUAACUUAACUUCAACUAGUUGAAAAAAAUGACUAACUUGCCCAGCUCUGCUAUAAUGCAUCAAGGAUAUACACUUUGCCAUCGGUAACCACCCACGAAAUUUGAAAUUGAAGCAUUAUUUCGAUAAGUUAUGCUAUACACAGAUACAAAAAAAAAACACAUUAUUGUAAAAUUAAUACAUUCAUAAUUUCGUUCAGAAUUUAAAAAACCAUCAAUGGGUGACUUACAAUAAUUUUUUUUUAGUUUUGUUCCUAGUUUUUAGUUUAUACUCUUAUUAUGCCAAAAGUACAGAUUGUAUUAACUGUACAAAACAUAUAGGACAUAGGUAGUACUUACAUAUUUAAUUAAAUAUAAAUUUAAAACAUUUAAUUAUAAUUUUAGAAACUAAAUAAGUUUUAUUUAUAAUUAGCACUAUGGCACCUCAUCGAUCCAAAACUAGUGAGGUAUGGAAUCAUUUUACAGAAAUCGAAUAUCAGAAGGCAAAGUGCGGAUAUUGCAGUAUUAUCCUCAGCACUGCAGGAGGAUCUUUAAGUAACCUUAAACGACAUAUGAAGUCAAAACAUUAUACGAUUCCAUUAAAUACAAAUCAAAGGAAUGCAACAGAAGAUAUUGUUGAUGACCCAAUUAUACCCGGAUCCGAAUCUACUCCAGGUCCAUCUACAUCAUCUGAAUUGACUCAAGGUCCAUCAAUAUCUGAUACUGCUGGACCAUCAGGAACAUCUCGUCGUCGCAUAAAUGGACAGUCCACAUUAUCUAGUUAUUUCAGCAACACAAAGCCACUAAAUGUCAAUCAUCAAAAAAGAGUAGAUCAACAACUGAUUAAAAUGAUUGUUAAAGGGUAAAUAUAAU